UCAGCGGGGACAGAGGCGCCGCCGUGCCCUCUCGGUCACUCUGCCGACUCGCGCUCACCAGCCCGGAGGGCCGCCAUGAACGCGCCGCUAUUCUGCUCGCUGCUGGCGGCCGCGCUGUGCGCAUGCGCGGGCCAGCCGUUCGCUCCGGGGGCGCCGUUCGGCGGCUGGCCGGCGGCACGCGACGCCCAGGGUCACGCCUCCUCCGGGCACGGGGCUGCGCUCGGGACCGCCUCCUCUCAGCAGGGCGGAGCAGGGUUCGGGCCGCUGGGCGACUCGUACGCGCACAUCUCGGACAGCUAUCAGGAGUGUCCGUACGGCACGGUGUGCGUCGACGAGUACUCGUGCCCGCCUUACGGCCGGUCCGGCCAGACCGGGCCCGUUCACCCUCGCUCCGCCCAGUUCGGUGAGGGGCGCUCCUCGUCCAGCUGUGGCUACAACAAAAUCUGCUGCAAAAAGGAGUUUAUUCACAAGGAAGCGCACGGCUGCCACGGGCCGUACUGCCCGCCGCCUCCGCACCACCACCCACCUGGCUAUCCACCGCACUCGCCGUACCCCAAGCCGUACCCCAAGCCGUACCACAAGCCGUACCCCAAGCCGUACCCUAAGCCGUAUCACGAGCCGUACCCUAAGCCGUAUCACGAGCCGUACCACUCGUUCUCUGGGUACGGCGGGGACGCGCCGUAUGGUGGCGGCCACUCCUCGUACGGAGGGUAUUCGACUUAUCAGACACCCUUCCCAAGCUAUUCGUCGGGUUAUUCAAAUGAUCACGGCUACUAUCCCUCGGGGUAUUCUGAUCAUUACUCUGGCUAUUCCUCGGGCUAUGGAGGAGGGUAUUCGUCAUAUCCGUCGUACAAGACCCCGUACCAGUCCCACCACCCCUCGUAUUCCACUUAUCCUUCGUACCCCUCGUAUCCUUCAUAUCCUCAUUAUCCCUCGUAUCCUUCGUACUCGCCCUACCCUUCCUACCCACCCUACUACCCCUCUCCGUACCCGCAGUACCCUAGUCACUACGGCGCGAUCCCGUACUUCUCGGCCGCUGCCCAGGGCUCUGCCCCCGAGGAUGAUGACCGACCCCCGGUCGAGGGUCAGCAGUCAAGCCAGGGGUCACCAACCCGCGGCGGCGCCAGCGGGCCGGUCGACCUCGACCCGCCAGUCCCAGUCGGCGCCAGAACGUCGCGCAUGUUCUGAAGGAUUGAACUCCCCUGCAGCGGCUGUACUGCGCUUUACCGAGCGGGCGCGCGGUCCAAACAGCCGUUCGAAGCGGCGAAUGCUUGGCGAACGCUUGUGAUAAGUGGAGUAUUGCUGUCGAAACCGAGGGGACAGAUUUGGGGGCUGUUAUCGUGAUUGUUUUGUUUUGCAAUGGACUGAAUAUACUAGAGGUGUCUG